UUCACCAGGAAGAUCAUGCUCCAGCCUCCUGUAGACUUGCCAAAAUCUGAAAUGAUGUCUUCUAAGAAGUUGCAAGGAAGUUUAACUGAGAAAACAUUAUCUUCUGAAGAGCAACAGGCCAAGAUCAAUGAAACAAGAAAAUUGAUUGGUCCAAUUGCUGAUAAGCUUCCAGUCCUGUGUUCCAAUGCAUCAAUAUUGAGGUUUCUUAGAGCUCAGAACUGGAAUACAAAGAAGGCAGGCAAGAUGCUGAAGCAAACCUUGAAGUGGAGGCUGGAGUACAAGCCAGAGAAGAUCCGAUGGGAGGACAUUUCUCAUGAAGCUGAGACAGGAAAAGUAUAUAUGGCAAAUUACUUUGACAAGUUUGGACGAAUUGUUCUUAUCAUGAGACCUGGUUAUCAGAAUACAAAUUCAACAAGUGGGCAGAUCAGGUACUUGGUAUACUGUAUGGAACAUGCCAUUAAAAAUUUGAAUUUAGAUCAGGAGCAGAUGGUGUGGCUAAUUGAUUUUCAAGGAUGGAACACAUCAAGCAUAUCGAUGAAGGUGACUCGGGAAACGGCUCAUAUCCUGCAGCAUCAUUACCCAGAGAGGCUGGGACUCGCAAUUCUCUAUAAUCCACCAAAAGUAUUUGAGUCCUUUUGGACGAUGGUAAAACCAUUUAUUGAGCCCAAAACCUUCAAGAAAGUGAAGUUUGUCUACCCCAAACACCCAGAAAGCCAGAAGGUAAUGGAAGAGCUCUUUGAUAUGGACAAGUUGGAAUCCGGAUUUGGUGGGAGAAGUUCAGCUGGUUUUGUCUACCAAGAUUAUGCUCAAAGAAUGAUGGAAGAUGAUAGGAAAAUUUCUGAUUUAAUCGACUCUGGUGGUUUAUCUCCAUCAUUAUCAUCUGCAAUGUCUGAAUGCCAGCAAUCAGACUCAUUGGUUACUGAUCAUUGUUCAGAGGCCUCGGAUGAAUCAUCCGGUGAUGAAGCAGCUUCUUCAAACUUGGAGGUUGUUAACGAGAAAAUACAAGUCCAUCCAUCCACCAAGCUCCAAUGAUGUUGCAAAUGGAACCCAGCUAGGGAAGGGAAGGGGAUAUGGCGGAACCUAGCUUAUGAAGUGAAUAUGCUAAGUGUGUGUCGAAGUGAUAUAAGGGGUUGAAGUUUAAUCUGGAAAUGGUGUCGUAGGCGCUUUAAAGAAGACAAUGUCAUUUGGGUUGAAGUAAAUAAGACGUUGCGUUUUAUGUGGCUUGAAGCUGUUGGUUUUGGGAGUCAAGAUGUGUGUUUUGCUAGGCUUUACAAUUUAAGUUGUCUGUCAUUUUCGUAGGAUUUUAUCUUGUCAUUUUAUACUUUGUAUGUUUCUGUUUUGGAGUGGUUAUGUGGGGAUGUUGAGCGAAUUGUAGAAAGGGGAAGGAAGAGAGUGAGAUGAUUAUUCUGGACUUAUCUUGUAAGAACUAUGUUACAUGGGAGGAAGGAUUUGCGAACAAAAUCCAACAUAUCAAUACAAUCUUUCCUUUCUAUUCUUUGAA